GACUCGUCCGCCGCUCGGCUGUUUCCGGAGAGGCCUGUUUGCCGUAGCCGCCUUCUCGGCCUGGCCGACUUGCGAGGUCGGGUUUGGGGAGCCGGGAGGCGGCCGGCGGGAUGGAGGCUGUGCCCCGCAUGCCCAUGAUCUGGCUGGAUCUCAAGGAGGCCGCCGAGUUCAGCUUCCAGUCGGCCGUCAAGAAGUUUGUGCUGAAGAACUACGGAGAGAAUCCGGAGGAUUAUAACGAGGAGCUGAAGAAACUUGAACAGCUCCGGCAGAACGCUGUCAACGUGCCGAGGGAUUUCGAAGGAUGCAGCAUUUUACGGAAAUACCUGGGCCAACUUCACUACCUCCAGAGCCGAAUUCCGAUGGGUGCCGAACAAGAAGCGUCGGUCCCCAUCACUUGUUACACAUGGGAAAACAGGCAGAGGAGCAGCAGAAGUACGGUGAGCGGGUCACCUACUUCCAGAGCGCCUUGGAUAAACUCAACGAAGCCAUCCGAUUGGCCAAGGGCCAGCCCGAAACUGUUCAGGAGGCUCUGAGAUUCACCAUGGAUGUCAUCGGAGGGAAGUAUAAUUCAUCCAAAAAAGAUAACGACUUUAUCUACCACGAGGCCGUCCCCGCGCUGGAUACCUUGCAGUCUAUUAAAGGGGCGUCGUUGGUGAAAGCGCUCCCCGUCAACCCCACCGAUCCAGCCGUAACUGGCCCUGACAUUUUCGCCAAACUGGUGCCAAUGGCUGCCCACGAAGCCUCUUCGCUCUACAGCGAGGAGAAAGCCAAGCUGUUGAGGGACGUCAUGGCCAAGAUCGACGCCAAGAACGAGAUUCUCGAGCAGUUCAUGGACUCCCUGCAGCUGGACCCUGAGACGGUGGACAAUUUGGAGGUGUACGACCACAUCCCGCCCGUCUUGAUGGAGAAAUGCGCGGCGCUCAGCGUACGCCCAGAGACUGUGAAAAACCUGGUCCAAUCUAUGCAAGUCCUCUCCGGGGUCUUCACUGAUGUGGAAGCCUCCCUGAAGGACAUCAAGGACCUGCUGGAGGAAGACGAGAGCGAGGAGCAGAAGCUUCAGGAGACCCUGGGCAAGGCCCAUCCAUCUCCCCCAGACCCCGCGGUCCCCUCUACUGGUGGGGUGGCCGAAGUGUCCAAGGAGUGGGCCAAAUACCUGGAGGUCCACCAGAAGGCCAGCUUCACCAACACCGAGCUCCACAAAGCCAUGAACCUCCACAUCACCAACCUCCGGCUCCUCAGCGGGCCCUUGGAGGGAGUCAAGGCCACCCUGCCUUCCCCCAGCCUCUCAGAGGUCCUGACGCGAUUCCGGCUUCACCUAGCUCACUGGCGAUGGACUGAGAUCUUCUCCGGCAAAGCUGUUACUCAUGAAGAUAUCAAAUACGAGCAGGCCUGCGUCCUCUACAAUCUGGGAGCCUUGCACUCCAUGCUGGGAGCCAUGGACAAACGGGUCUCUGAAGAGGGUCAAGCUCAGGAAUGUCUCCUGGAGAAAUCCAUGCUGGACAACCGGAAGAGCUUCCUGGUGGCUAGGAUCAGUGCCCAGCCAAACCUCCGUGCUCAGCCUCACCGCUUCCAUCUCUGUUCUUCUUCCAACAGGGAGAUGAAGAAGAAGGCUCCCUCACGGCCCACCACCUCGAAACCCGUCCUCCAAAAGAAGGCUUCGGAGGCAGAGUUGGCCUGCGAGCCACUGGGCCUGGCCUCCAUCUCGCUGGCCGAUUUGCCUGAGGAGCUGCGUAGCCUCCCGCCGGAAGUCCUGGCCGCUCACCUGGCGCAACUCCCCGCUGAUGCUCUGGCCGCGCUACGUAGUGAGCCGCCUUUGCCCACUGCAGGGAUCAGGAAUCCUGUGGGUGAAGCCUUUGCGGGGGUCCUCCCGCUCAGGCCACCCUUUGACCCGGGCCAGUUCCCAGUAACCGGACCCCCUCCUCGACCAUACCAGCCAGCCAGGAUGUCCACUGCCUCUGGACAAGCUCCUUUCCCUGUACUAGCUCCCCGCAGCUCUACAGCGUCUCCUUUGCCGAAUUCACAGGUCUACCCACCGGGGGUUGCCACUGGUCGAGUCCCAGCCCACGUCCCACAUCAGCCGGUGUAUCCAGGUCCACCUCUGCCACCUUCAAGGACAUCCCCACAACACGUACCAAUGUCUCGUCCUCCCCCAGGGUCGGUUUACGGGGUCGGACCGAUGGCGCCAUCUAGUGGGGUGCUGCCGGCUGGCCCACCCACCCCUCUAGCCAUGAGACCGCCAAUCCCGGUGUCUGGCCACUUUGUGGCUCCUCAUUUCCCACCGCACACGCAGGGUGUACGGCCCGCCACUACCACAGUGGACAGCCUGCAAGCCCCCAUCUCCAGUUGCACGGCUCCACAAGGGAUGUCCGGCUCCCUCCCCCAGUGGGCAGGACCUCCUUCUCAAGGGGGCUUUGUGGGAGGGCCCCCAGGGUCUGCCCCUUACCCUUUUGCCUAUGUGCCAGCAGGUACGGCUCCCUUCCGGCCUCCUUUCUCAGGCCCUCAGGCCCAACCUGGCUUCCCAUCGCAGGGACCAAUCCAUCCACCCUCCGAUCGCCCUGCUUGCUUGCAAACGAUGUCCAACAUGCUACCCUCACAGCAGCAGCAGCAGCAGCAGCCAAUGCCCCACUUCCUGCCCCAGACCCAGCAGCCACAGCCAGCCUUUCCACAACCGUACCCAUCUCAGCCUUCAGGCCGACCGGGGCUCCCGAAUCCGGUCGCCACACAUCCCGCUAGCCAAGGACACCUCCCACAUCAGCUGGGACCUCAACAUUAUCAGCUGCCACCGCGAGACCCACUGCCGCCCCAUUCAGGGAACCUCGCCUUCUCCGCCCCGGCCCCAAGAAGCAUGAUGGGCCCCGUCCAGCAGGUCCCCCUUCACCGUCACGGUGCUGCAGCACCCCUGGCGUUUACUCCAACGUCGGCCCAGAUCCCGGGAGUCCCCGUAGGGUUGGCCGGCCCUCAGCCACCGCCUCCAGUUAGCCAUCCUCCCCUCCAACACGUUCCUCCUGCCCCGAGUUCUGUCGGAGGGGCUGUUCCCCCACCGGCUCCCUCUCCUCGCCCCUCCAUGACCCUCCCACCUCCCUGCCUCUUGCCCUCCCAAAUGCCCCCCUCCUCGCUGACUCCCGGCCCCCCGUCCUUGCCCCACGCGGCCUCCGAGGUCCCCUUCCAGCGCCCGAGCUCCUCGACCGAUGACCUGCUCUCCUCCAGCCCCGAGAGCCAGCAUGGGGGUCCCAAGGCCCCCGUCGGGCAGCCCCUCCUUCAACCCACCAAGGCCGAUGCCAAGGACGGCUUGAAGCCCAAAGCCGUCCAGCUGAUCGAGAACGACCCGUACGAGAAACCGGAGCGUCUUUGGCGCCUCCUGUCCGAGCUAGAACGUUUCCAACAAGGGGUAUCCCGGUUGGAGAAGACCCCCGCGCCAGGCACGGUCAGCGAGCUAGACAAUAUCUGGAAAGAGCUUCAGGACACCCAGGAGAAGGAUGCGCGGCAGCUGUCAAUCGCCAUCGCGCGUUGUUACACCAUGAAGAACCGACACCAGGACAUCAUGCCGUACGACCGGAACCGAGUGAUCCUUCAGUCGGGCAAGGAUGAUUACAUUAAUGCCAGCCGUAUUGAGGAUCUCUCCUGCUACUGCCCCACCAUUAUCGCCACGCAGGCCCCGCUCGUGGGCACCGCCUCGGACUUCUGGCUGAUGAUCUACGAGCAGAAAGUCUCCCUUGUGGUCAUGCUGGUCUCGGAGCAGGAGAUGGAGAAGCAAAAAGUGGUACGAUACUUCCCAACGGAGCGAGGCCAGCCCAUGGUCCACGGCCCCAUCACCCUGGUCCUCACCAGCCUGAAGGCCACCCCUACCCACCUGGAGAGGAUGAUCACGCUGCAGUUCUGUGAUCAGAGUCUCAAACGGACUGUUAUCCACCUUCAGUUUUCCUCUUGGCCAGAGCUGGGCCUGCCGGACAGCAAAGGAAACCUACUUCGGUUCAUCCAGGACGUCCACAGCCAUUACCUACAUCAGCGCCCCCUCCACACCCCCAUUGUGGUCCACUGCAGCUCCGGCGUGGGCCGCACAGGCGCCUUCUGCCUCCUCUACGCUGCCAUGCAGGAGGUGGAAGCCGGCAACAGCAUCCCGGAUUUGGUUCAGCUGGUGAAGCGCAUCCGUCAGCAGAGGAAACACAUGCUGCAGGAGAAGGUCCACCUCAGGUUUUGCUACGAGGCGGUGCUGAAACACGCCGUGCAGGUGCUGCAGAGACACGGCGUGAUGGCUGCGCCUUCUGCCAGCAAACCGGCCAGCAGCGGCACCCAAAAGGUGUAUCUCCAGCAGGACCCCCAAGAUCUGGUCUUGGGGGGUGACGUCCCCAUCAGCUCCAUCCAAGCCACCAUUGCCAAACUCAGUAUCCGGCCUCUCCCGGGCGGCGCCGAGCCUCCCCCCAAUGGCCGAGGGUUGGAGGUGGGACCCUCUCUGCCCCCCUUUGAUGCCGCACUCCUGCCGGCAUCAUCUGCUGCUACUCCGCGAAACUUUCCCGAGCCGGGCUGUGUGGAGAGCACUCCGGGGUUUUCUCCGCCGGUCACACCUGCUCCGGCGUUGCCCGAGACAAUGGCGGCUUCGACCGUCGAGAAGAGCAGCUCCAUGGAAGAAGAGAGAAGUGAGGAGAAGGUGGAGAGUGUUCCGAGGGUAGAGCCAUUGGCGCCUACACAGGCCCUGCCUACCUCCUCCUCCUCCUCUUCCUCCUUGGAGCUCCUGGCUUCGCUCACCCCGGAGGCCUUUACCAUGGACAAUGCACUUAAGGGCCGACACAAAGUGAGCAAGCAGAGUUUCCUCCAGCCACAAAACGGGGAGGGUCUGCGAGGAGCCCUUCCCAGUGAUGACCCUCUCAGCAAGCUGGAUCCCCUCUGGACCCUCAACAAAACCUGAGUGGAUGCAACAGUGGCCCCCUCUCCAUCCUCCUAGACCUAACUUCCUCGUUUCUGGUGGAGUUCCGGCAAGACGGCGGUAUCUCGGUCAGAGACCGGCCAUCCCAGGUACGCCAUGCUGCCUCUGGAACACUCUUGCCGUGCUUAAGGGUUGUUGAAGACCCGGCAACACGGUGAUUCCGGACACUCGGAACGGUUACUGGUUGCCUUUUCAUCCCGCCUCCUUUCAGCCCCAACCAGGGCCACCGACCGGGACCGGGCGCCUGUUACGGUUCGCCUUGAUGGCAGGGCAGUUGAGCCGAGAGCAAAACUGUGACGCCAGCCGGCUUCCUUACGCCCGCUCAAAGCUUUAGGGGCUGAUGGGAGGGGGGAGCACGGACGGUUCAGCGGUUCAAUACGCACACUCACCCCGCGGCCGUACUCUCACCUUAGUCUCCUGUUUUAUGGCGGGUAAACUUGGGACAAGCCACUAAAGGCUGGGGUCUCCUACACUACCGGUUUCUCAUUCCUUCCCCCUCCCCCCCUAACAGUUGGUAGGACUUGAGAUGAUCCAGUUGAUCCUGCCAAAUUGGGGAGGAGGGAAGCAGGGAUCCCCAGUUAAAUGCGAAAGCCUUGGUUGACUCUCGGUGGAAUCUGGCAUUUUGUUUCCUCCCCCCCCGGUUUCCUUAUAUGGCCAGAUACGGUUUCCCAAAGGUUGUUUUUCUGUUGUGUACCCCCCACCCACCCUUGAAAUGCCCAGGCCCCUGAUUCAGGGCCCUGGGAGUCCCCUGCUGUUUGGGCCACCCUCCGUCCAAUGAUGCUGAAUAUUGAGCCACAUGGGCUACGGAACCUGCUUUAACAGCUAUCGAAAAAUGGGUGCAGACGGUGUUUCCCCCAAAGCAGGCGUCCCACACUCCAAGGAAUGGGGGACAGCGGGACAACUAAAACGAGCUCCCCCUCUCCCUCAAGACAGAAAAGGAUGGGGAAGAGACUGGCUGCUUUCUGCCCCAAAGAACAUUGAUAAUGUUGCAGGUUCCACCAACCAUUGCUUUGCCUUGACCAUUCUUGGAAAAUAUUUAUAAUUUUUCUUUUCUUCUUUCUUCUGUACAAAUGUUAAUAUCGGCUUCUGAUUUUAAAACUUUCAGUGUAACUUAAGAACCAAACUUUUUCAGUUCUUUGCUACGAAAGCAAAUAAAGGGGGCGUUGGAGAUGG